AUGGAACUCUAUGGAGGGACUAUGUAUGCAUGGCGGCUGCCAGCUGGAGACUUCUCAAACCAAGAUGUGGAUAAUGAACCAGCCCAUUCAGAACCUCACCAACAGAGAUCCAAACAUAUUUCUACUUUCCAUGGAGAAUGUGAGGAAAGGAAAAAAAUAUCUACAUUUCAGAGCUCUGUGACAAAUUUUUCAAACAUAUAUGAAUCAGAUUUGUUGCCAGCUUGGAAUGGCGAGGAAUGCACUGAACAUUUUCUUCAUGAAGUGGUGACUAUUCUCUUGAGUUAUAUCAAAAAGGCCUAUGACAGAAAGAGCAAAGUGCUUGAUUUCCACCACCCCCAUCAGCUUCUGGAAGGGCUAGAAGGCUUCAAUGUGGAACUCUCUGAUCACCCAGAACCUCUGGAGCAAAUUCUUGUGGACUGUAGGGAUACCUUGAAAUAUGGUGUUAAAACAGGACAUCCUCGUUAUUUCAACCAACUCUCCAGUGGCCUUGACAUUAUAGGACUUGCUGGAGAAUGGCUGACAGCUACUGCAAAUACAAACAUGUUUACAUAUGAAAUAGCACCAGUGUUCAUCAUAAUGGAGGAGAUCCUACUGAAGAAAAUGCAGGAAAUUAUUGGAUGGGAAGAAAGGGAGUCAGAUGGCAUAUUUUCUCCAGGGGGAAGCAUAUCAAACCUUUACAGUGUUUUAGUUGCCCGCUAUAAACGUUACCCUGAGAUUAAAACCAAAGGCAUGGCAGCCCUUCCAGAGAUCAUAUUGUUUGUUUCUGAACAUAGUCACUAUUCUAUAAAAAAGGCAGCAGCAGUCGUUGGAAUUGGGAUGGAUAAUGUUAUUGCUAUCAAAUGUGAUGAAAGGGGGAAGAUGAUCCCAUCUGAACUGGAGGGAAAUAUUAUCAAAGUCAAGAGACAGGGCAAAAUACCACUGUACGUUAGUGCCACAGCUGGGACAACAGUAUAUGGAGCCUUUGAUCCUCUUGCCAACAUUGCUGACAUUUGUGAAAAAUACAAUCUUUGGAUGCAUGUGGAUGCAGCAUGGGGAGGUGGCUUACUGUUGUCAGGAAAGCAUUCCCACAAAUUGAACGGCAUUGAAAGAGCCAAUUCUGUUACCUGGAAUCCUCACAAAUUGAUGGGUGUUCCACUACAGUGCUCAGCUUUUUUAGUCCGUGAAAAGGGUCUUCUCCAAGCCUGCAAUCAGCUCUGUGCUGACUACCUCUUCCAACCAGACAAGGCUUAUGAUACAGUUUAUGACACUGGAGAUAAGACAAUCCAGUGUGGCCGACACGUUGAUGUCUUCAAACUAUGGCUAAUGUGGAGAGCUAAAGGCACAGGAGGAUUUGAAAUUCUUAUCAACAAAUUUUUGGAACUUGCAGAAUAUCUUUAUAAGGAACUCAAGACAAGAAACAACUAUGAGCUGGUUUUUGAUGCUGAGCCUGAACUCAGCAAUGUAUGUUUCUGGUAUAUCCCACCAAGUCUUCGACAUAUUCCAAAGGGGCCAGACAGAGAGAAAAGACUUCAUCAGGUUGCUCCAAAAAUAAAAGCAAGGAUGAUUGAAGAAGGCACUACAAUGGUUAGCUACCAACCUUUGGGGGACAAUGUGAAUUUUUUCCGAAUGGUCUUCUCUAACCCAGCAACCAAGAAAUCAGAUGUUGAUUUCAUCUUGGAAGAGAUUGAAAGGCUUGGGAAGGAUUUGUGA